AAAAAAACCUCAAGUGCCUCUUGCUGAUGUAAAAACCAGUUAGAAAUUGCAGUUUUUAUGUUCUCAAUGGAAGAUUUGUGUCUUUAAAAAGCUGAUUUUGUGUGUAGUAAUUGGGACACCGUUUCGGACUCUGUGGAUGAUUUUUGAUCGGGAAAUAUAGGUGUAUAAAGGAGGUUUUCCUCUGGUUUUUGCUAUCGUCUCUUGGCUUAUGUACACAGUGCCAUAGGCGAAGUGGCGGAAUGUUUCUAUGACUCACUGUUUUUUCGGUGCGAUGCAGACACGACUUGUGUUUUUACAUUUGUCUGCAUAGUGUUGACGUUGUGUUGCACCUCCAUGCCAUUCUGCGUCCAUGACGACCUGCCAACUCCAUCAAUGAUACAUCUUCAUAUACAGUUUCCAGGUCAAGCUUUCUUUCAAGAGUGCUCCUCAUGAAAUGUCUAGCCCCACAAAUAAUUCCACAGCCGGUGCGAUGUGGGACACAGGCUACAUGGAUUACUACAAGUGGAAAACAAGCAACCAUGCCCCAACGGACCACAAUCUGAGUGCUAUUCCAUGGCCAAGGAAAGAUAUAAUACGAGAUGGCAGACCUAUUUCAAACAGUCAAGGAGGUCUUGGCCAUGAUGGAAUCAACCACGGGCAGGACAUCCAUCGAGCGAGCGCGAGCAGCACAGGGAGUUUUGGGCGUGGCAGUAGUACAGGCAGCCUCAGUAACACGUCCACGCCCACCAACACCCCAAACACGCCCCUUGUUGUGCCACAACCUGUUAAGCCCAAUCGGACCGGGAAGACCUACCAAUGCAAGAUGUGUGACCAGGUACAGUACAACGGGCAUUCAGUUCCCAAUAUCUUCAAUACCAAAUCUGAUAUGCUGAUCCACUGCCAACAGAUUCACAAGCAGGACCCUAAGCCUUACAAAUGUCCCACUUGCUCAAAAUGCUUUGCUAACUCGUCAUAUUUAUCGCAGCACAACCGCAUUCAUACAGGGAUCAAGCCGUACAAAUGCGAGAUCUGUGAACGCAAGUUUACGCAGCUUUCACACCUUCAGCAGCACAUCCGCACCCACACUGGAGAGAAGCCCUACAAAUGCAUGCAUCCAGGCUGCGGGAAGGCCUUUUCACAACUCUCCAACCUGCAGUCUCACUCGAGAUCACACAUGACCGACAAGCCGUACCGCUGUAACUCUUGCUACAAGUGCUACGCUGAUGAACAGAGUUUGCGCGAUCAUAUUCCCAAGCACUCGGACACUAAACAUCUCAAGACUCACAUAUGUCAUAUAUGCGGCAAAUCCUACACGCAAGAGACAUACCUGACUCGUCACAUGGCUAAGCAUUCUAAUGAAAGUCAUAAAGUGGCGCCACGACCAAUCAAAACUGAACCCCUGGAUCCCGCUGAUCGAGACUAUGGCCGGAUGUCCGAGAAGUCUUCACAAGAUGGACAUGUAGGUGGCGCCUGCAGCAAGAGCGUAUCAUCUGCAUUCAUGCCGCUGCCGCAGUUUGGUCCCAACGUCAGCAGUAGCUCCAACUCAAGCUAUCCCUAUGGCCCUAGCCUAAGCUCAAAUAGUCUUAGCUCUCCUCUCCCGCACAUAUCAUCGAUGACAUCUCCACGCUACUUCCCAUACGAUCCAAUUGGAUUCCGCAAAUCAGAUCCUCCAGAAAGGAACCUGAAUGUACCCAUGACUACACGAGACAGUAUGAUUGCCAACAGUCUACUGAGUCUGCAGCAUAUAAAGAAUUAUGCUUCUCAGCAGAUGCCCAGCUUCACACCAACAUGCACAAGCGGGUCUCGACUCACAUGAUUUGCUGAUACAGUAGCAGGGUAGAUAUGUAUCAGAUGGUAUGACACUGUCAUUCUGAUUACUUUUCUGCCACUGGUUAUGACAGCAUGUCUUAUAGACUAUGUACUUGGCAUCAGUGGUCUUUAAAUGGCAUUGGACAUGCAGUUGGGGGUACAUGUGUCACUUACAUCUUUUACGACUGUAUUUUCCAUAAAAUAGCCAUGAUGUUCAUGGUAUAAAUCUAACAUUUUUCUUCCCAAAUCCUACAACGACGAGCCCUGAAGGUUGUGGAAGAAUGAUUUUAGAUUAGCAUUGCUUGUUAGGAGAGUAUCACAAAAACAUCCAAACCAAAUGACAAAUUUCCUUAUGUAAGUUAAAAACCAUGAGAUUGACUUUUGAAAUGUAAAUAUUUCUGCCUUGAGAUUGUAAUAUUUCAAAGAAUGUUUGACUUAGUGCCACUGCAUAUUAAUGUUGUAUUAUAAAGAAAAUUAAAUCUUUGAUUGUUUUUUUUAAAAAUACAUCAAUUGCUUCUUCCCAAUGUUUCCGAGAAAAUAUCCAGCUAAACUGAUGUACAAUUUUUUCCAAAUGGAUUUUUUCUGGACCUGAAUCUUGCCAACUGUUACCAGUGGCAGAUUGGACAUUGUUUGUUAUGAUGAUUAUUUUAGGGACUUGAUUUUUGUGUGUACAUGACACUGUUUCUAUUCUGCAGGAUCUGCAGUUGUCUUGUGUGUUAGAUUAUAAAUCAUGUCCUUAUUAUUGAGUUGUUUAGCUUUGAUGAAUAUCAUCAUCCUUUAGAUAGGACCCGCUUAUGAAGCACUUCGUGUUGUCUGCAUGUAACCUGUAUGAAAAGAAACCUUGUUGUGCUUAUAUAGUCAGUAUUACAGAGGCUGGUGGGGGUUCCAUGAUGGUUAAAAUACUGACAACGUUAUUGUCGUUUUGAAGUCAUUGCCUGUAUGUCACAAAUAAUCACUAUAACAAGAAUUUAGAAAUAUUUUGACAAAUUGCUUGAGCUUGCUUUCACAACAGUAUUGAGAAAAGGUUAAAAAUAAUCAUUCACGGUUGAAAACACUGUUUAAUUGUUCAUGUCUCUUUUUACAAAGGUCAUUAUCAUUUUGACGUUGCCAUGGAAAUGUGUGACAAGUACUAUUAAAAACGCAAAGGAAAUAAUCCUUUUUUUCAUUACGAGGUGCUACAUGUGAAAGUUUUUCUUCUUUUGACAUUAUGGGCUGAAUCAUUAAAAAGCUUGAUUGUAGAGCGCAACAAGGUUUGGUUUGUAUCUUAUGUCAUACAGGCAUUUAAUGCCUACUAACUCUAUAAACAGAACUCACAACUGAUUCUAUCAGACAUAUAUCCCACUAUUAGGAAACAUGUACAAAAAUGUCAUGUUUCUUUUCAAAUUAUGUUCAUUGCUCAGUGAAAUUAUGAUGCUACAGCCUAAAGGUAGUAUCAAAAAAUAAUUUUUGUAUGAAUUUGUAACAAAUUCAUAAAGGGUAACAGAAUUCUGAAUUCAGAACAAGGUUUCUUAUGUUUCCCGAUUCCGUGCCUCUCAACCAUAUUUGGACGCCAUGAGGUUCAGUCAGCCAAGUUUGUCCUUGACAUGAAAUGUUCAGUCUGGUGAUGGACAUUGAGCACUUCCCACGAACAUGCGUGCUGUGUUUCUUAGAAACAAGACACGUUUCUCUGAUCUCUUGUAUUACAAUGUGUUCAAAUGCUCAUCAUUUCAUUUGUAGAUGUAAAGUAAUUUUUACCUACAUAUCUAUAUUCGGGGCCUCUUACUUUCACAAUAGGGCCCUUACUAUGAAUAUUGGUAUAUUUGCACCUUGGAGUUAAUGUCAUUGUGUAGAACACAUGUAGAUAAAUUAGAAAAUGGCUAACAUUUUCAAGUUUCCUGGAGGAAAUUACAUUAGGAUCUUGUACAGAUAGUAGCUUUAGAAUCAUACGAGGUCUUGUCUUUCUUUUGUUUUCAGACAUUUUGAGAAGGUUUGGGACUGAAAAAAAGAAAUUUUAUUUGUAAUUACUGUAUGCAAACAAGCUGUUUCCUCCAGGUAACUUCAGAAUACCAAGAGUAUUAAAUCGGUUUAUUCCAAUGUUGCAAGUACAUGAAGAAAUUAUUUAAAUUAUGAUAUUUAUUUUCUUUGUCAGUUUGGGAGAGUGCAAAACAAAGUAGUCAAAUUAAUUUCUGUUUUCUUCAGAGCUGCAUAUAUGCAUACGUUAUGCCUGUUCAUAUUUGUCCAAGUUUACCACUAACUAUUGUGGUUUGUUUCAGUUCUUUCUGUUUUUUCUUGAAUCAUUCAAGAGUUCCACAUCUCAUAACGUUUGGCGCCAGUACUCUCUUUAUCAAACUAUUUACACUAUUUUGCGAUUUACUGUUGGACAAUAUUUCUUCUUAAAUGUUAUUUUGGAAACAGAAAAUCUGAAACAUUAUUCACAUAAUGGCUGUCCUUUACAAAUGCUUUCUUUAUUCAGCAACUAUUAUGUUUCGAAAGUAGUGAACCUGUUUCAUCAAUUAUGUUGAUAAAAUGGCAUAUAUGUUGCUCAUAUUAAAACACAUUGAUUCAUGUGCUAAUAUUUACGCAUUUAUAACAUGUGUAUUACCGUGCAAACACAUUUUAUGUUCUCGCCAAGUAGAUGAGUGGUAAUAUGUUGUUAUGAAAGUGUUAUUUCUCCAUGAAUAGACCAGUACUUUAAGCUAAACCGGAGUAGUUAGAAGCCUUGCUACAAUUGCUAUGUCUAAGAAUUCUUUUUGAACAUCAUCUUUUUAAAACCUUUCAAAUUAUGUACAAGAUCAAUCUGAAUUUUAUUUUUAAAAGGGACCAGUCAUUUGUUACAGGGGUGGAUAGGUCAGAGGUUUUUGAUAUACACAUGUUCUGAAAAUAAUGACCCUCCCCAUAUCCUUGAAUUUUUUUUCAUGACUCUCCCUGAAAAGACAAAAUGCAAAUGCACUUUUAUUAUAAACUGUCGACUUUUUCAUUACCCUCCCAGAAUAUGUAUUAUUUUUUUAUGACCCUCCCUCCACUGUCAAAGUUUUGGUGACCCUCCCUGAUUCCCUCAGACCCACCCCAGCCUAAAACAUAUGACCAGUCCCUGAACAACCAAUCAGUUUGAAAUGAUUAUAUUUACUUUUUACUAUAAACUGAAAAUGUUGACAAUUUGUAAACAUGCAUAUCAUGAUACCUAUUUUGUUUUGUGAUAAAUUGGAUCCCCCCCCCAAAAAAACUUGUUAAUAACGAAAUAAUUGGGUAUGAUACUGAUAUUAGUUUAAGAACUGUGAAUAACAAUUGUAACAAUGCACCAAGUAUGUUUACAUUUGUUACCAUAUGUUAAAACAGGUACAUGUUUAGUUUGUCUGUCAUAGGAAAUGUUUUGCGCAAGUUUUUCAUGUGUGGCCGGCAUCUGAGAUGCCCGGUCUCAUUGUUCCUCUACCAUUCCCAACUGAGCCUCUCUGCAUGAUCCAGUUGCUUACAUUUUUGAUUAGGAAUUCAAAUUUGCUGGUUGAGUUUUCAACUUGUCAUUUUCAUGUUUCAUCACAUUAGCUUUUCAAUUUUGAAGGUUGACAAUCUCCCUUUUCGCCCCUUUGUGUCCCCUCUAAAAUAAUAUAUUUUCAUCCUAAAGGGGAGCUAACCCAAUCAAAUUGGGUGUGAAAGCACUGUUUAUGAUGAUUUUAUGAGUGUUUGUCUGAAGAAUGGAUACACUGACUGCAGGCAAUCAAAUUGGCUGCAGUCAAUGAUGAAGAACUACAAACUACCCAAAGAGUUGAUAGGGCAAAAAGGCAGCUAUUGUAAGUUAUUUCUAAGCUGACAAAAAUUAUGGGGGCCUUAGUUACUGUCAACUGCUACAGAUCAUUAAUUUGAAUUGGUUGUCUCAAACGAGGCUUUAAUUUGUCAUCACGAGGCAUGAUGGGAAUAUCAUGGGAUCGCUAUGUUAAACAUGUAUGCUCAUUUAGUAAGGAUUGAUGUUUGUUUACUGGUUAUUAAGUUUUCCUACUCCUUAUCUGUAUCUGGUAUUCCGAAGACAACGAUAUUGAUAACAAUGUACUGUACAGUUACUAGGUUGUGGCUUGGUUAUGUAUACAUGUAAAUGCUGUUGUACUAACGAUACCUGUUGUUUCCAUCGUCUUCAAGUGUGAUCACUAUUAUCAUUACGCCUCCCUUUGUGUUUGGGUCGGCAUCAACUGUUAUAUGGAGGUUCUUACAGUGUGUAACCUCUUUCCCAUUACUUGUAUCAGAGUUGUCUCCCCUUUGCUUGUGUAUGAUGGUACACCGUGAUCACAUCACGUGACCCAAGUCUUAGAAACAACAACACUUGAAAAGUGGAUGUUUUUCUUGCAUGCUCAAUUGAGGAUUUUGCGCUGGAGAGAAUUCAAUAUUUACCUGUACCUAUUUCAUUGUGCAUACGUAGAUUAUUAACACAAUUAUCAAACUGGAUCGACCCGAUGCAAAGGGGAGGCAAAUCUAUAACUGUUAUUUGUUAAUAUGUAUUAAUUGUGUUAAAAUUUCUCUAAAAAAAUAUUUCCGAUGUCAUGAUGUAGUUGUAUGAUGUACCCACAAAUGAAAGUUGACACUUGACAAUAGUCCAGUCUAAACCUUAUUCCUUGUAACAUGGUGUAGUAAAUUGUCAUUCCUAGAUCGAAGAAGCCGGAAUGAAACUGGAUUGUCUUUUAGAUGCUAGAACCAUGAUAUAUUAGAUAUAUUGUAUGCACAAACGUUUGUGUACAGCCACGUUCCCUCUUUGGGCCUGCAGCACACUGUUCUGAUUGGCCGAGAGUAUGUGAUUACGUACUAAUGUAAAUGAAUAUUUGUGUGAUGAACAAAAUAUUGUGCUGUCAAGUGAGAUACCAUACAGAGAGAUGUUCAUUUCGUAUACAAGUCCAUAUUUUAUCAUUGUCAGCACUUGUAUCUUCAUUCUGAUUAUGAAAACACUUCUUAUAUUACGGUAGUAACUACUCUGUUUAUCAUUAUGUGUGUACUUCAAAUUCCUGUUAGUAUUCACCGUGUUUUAUCAGUGUACAUUGUCUCUUCUGCACCAGAACGUGCAUGGUCUUGCAUUGUCGUUAACAGUUGUGUCAGUUCAGGUAAGUGACUACAUACUUGUGAAGCCUUUUACUAGCAGAUUCAUACACCUUCAUUUACAAAUCUUGUAGAUGGUGACCUUUUUUUUCUCUACUUGGCAAAAAUGAGUGGCAUCAGACUCUUAUUUAGCUCAUGACUAUGGUUGAAUGUAUUCGCGCACUGAGAAGAAUCAGUGCCAAGUGUAUGGCUUGCCUGGUCUAGGGGAGAUAAUUCAAAGUGGUUAUUCGAUGCACCUGUAAAAUCAUCUAAUAUAUUGACCUGAACCUACUAAAACAUCCCGGAUCAUGUAUUUAACACAAACACCUAAUCACAUAUAAGUGUUUUUAAUAAAAUGAAACUACCUGUUUUAAAUUAGUUUAUCUUAUAUUUCAGGUAUUGUGAUAAAAUAACUUUUUGUAAUAUCAAGAUUUCCUUAAAUUCAUAUUAUGUUAAACAAUUUGUUAUUUAAGGUAACAAGAUUUCAUUAUUCAAAACAAACAGCAAAUGAAUAACAAGAUUUCCUUACUUACGGAAAACUACAAAUAAAUAACAAGACUUCAUUAUCACUAAGAGUACAAAGUACAAAUGAAUGCAUGAAUCAUCCUCCCUACACAUGAAGCACAACGGAGUUGUCAUGUUCAGAUAGGCAGAGUAUGGAUGAAAUCAACAUGAACAAGGCAGCAUGUCUUUUGUUAACCCUUCAUCUGCUGAUUUCAUCAUCUAUUCAUUCAUCAACUUGAAUCAUUUUCUUUUUUUUGCACUUGAAAACAUUUUCAUUUAUUUCAUGUAGAAAAACGAACAUCUUUUUCGCACAACAUGGGAAAAACGUUUCCGUGCAUUUUUUGCGAAAGGUUUUUACUUGAUGAAUUGUACAUGGCGAUGGUAUAACUCAACGAGGCAGCAAACAGGAGUAGACAGCACCACAACAUCAGCUGGUAUUCUCUAUGCAGAAUUAUAUCACCUACAUGGGCCUUUAAAGUCUUAAUGUGUGUUGAAACAAAUGCUUGGCAGUUGUACAUUUUCCAAAGCACGGUUGAUGAUUAAAGGGGUAUAAAAACGCUCACUUAUCACGUAUGCAAAGAACUGAUGCUGUGAGCUGAAUUCAUUUUAAAGAAUUCAUAUUCAGAGAUGCAGAUAUAAUUAGAAGUUAAUUAUUUUCCCAUUACUUCCCCUUCUGCCAUGCCUAUUUUUUUGUUAUUAAUUCAUGGACAUUUUUGUCUGUUCAGAAACCAAAGGAUAUCAACAAUUUUGCAAUAUAUUUUGCAAGGUAGAUCAUUGUCCAGAGAUGUCUAUGUAGAAUGUAAGAGUGAGCAUUAUUUUGACAGGUGUGAAUGCAUGCUUGUGGCUUGAUGUCUCCCAACAAAUGAUGCAUGGGUAGAUAGAUAUUCAUGCAUCACUCAAACCAUUCCUGAUUUUAUUAAAGCAAGUUCCAAAUUUUUCCAAAUUCCUUAAAUUUGAUGAGGAGUCAAAUGUAUCAGAGAAUGAAAGCAACAGUAAACUCAAAACUUCCUGUGAAGAUAACCAAUAACGGUUCAUUUCUUACUUGAUUGUACAACAUGGAUAACAAAGCGAUAUUUUUUAUAAUCAGAAUAGAAAGAACAAAAUUCAAAAUCUGAUGUUUUAGGAACAUUUGUGUAUGGCCAAGACAUGCUGGUACACAGCUGAGGCUACCAAGGCCAGUAGAAUGUUCGGUUGGCAAUAAAUGCAACAAUGGAGAAGAAAAACAUCUAGUGGCUCAACUGCUGUUUGUUACAAUGGGCAAUAUGAAUGACUGCAUGAAAGGUAGAUGUGAACGACAGAGAAUGAUUGACCGAUAGAUAGGAGGCGGGGUGUUACAGCUGAAGCCAUCAGGGUUGUGGUGAGAACUACCUAUGAAAGCUUGGUAGCAUUCAUCUCAAUCGUUCCAGAAAUGGUUAGGACAUAAUGUGGAAACUUGACUCUGAUGACAAGGUAUGACAAUAGUACUGCACUCAGUUCCUCCACUGAUUCCUUUGAUUAAGCAUAUAUCACAACCCCGAGGGUUUCAGUUGGAAACAAUUUUUGUCUGUGAAAUAGCUCAAUUUUUUCCCAUCAUAUGGUACAAGGUGCUGACAUAUAUAACAAGCUUUACAUUUUCUAUGCAUGGAACUUUCUAACACAUUCCAGUCACAGGUUCUGAGUUCAACAUCCAGAAGGCAGCGAAUUAUAUGAAAAUUUGAUUUGGAAAAUUUUACAUUCAUGUGAAACAUGAUAAAAUUUAGUCUGUUAGUUCAUCCUGGAUCUUGUGAGAAAAGAUUCUUGCAGAUGUAAAACCUAACCUGAGUUAUCAAACAUGCUAUUCAAAUCAGUAUGGGGUUUAAUAAUUCACAGCUGAAAGGAUAUGCUUAGAUGUUUUCACCUUAUCUGAAAAAAUGCUGAAAUUUACACCAGUAUUGUGUUAUGUAUGAAAAUAACUUUCAAUGUUGCAAUCGGUUAUCUUGAUAAAUGUUUGUGUACUAUAACAAAUUUAUGUGAUUACAUUUGGAGUAAGAACUACAUCAAAAUGAUUCUAAUUAUAUAUUUUCUAGUUUGCAAUUUAGGAGUAACCUAAAUGCAAAUGUUGCAAAUCUCAGAGGAUGUUAUAUAGUUUUCACUGCAAUACAUGUAUUACUGCUGCUGUAGCCAUGGCUGUGACAGAUGACCACACCCUAGACACUGUCCAAUAACAGACGCGUAGCUGUCUUAGGCUGACACAGACGGUUAACCGUGGCUGAAUGUCACAGUCAUGCAUGUUACAGCUUUAUAAGGAGUUAUUACACAGUUGACCAAAUUUCCAUAUUUUUGUUGGUUAUUUUGAAAUAUAUUAAGAUGUGAAAAUUGCACUUUUACAGGAAAUGGUGUUGUUACGGUGUGUAUGGAUGAGAAUUUGCUAGGAUAUGUUAAGAACUGAUGCCACUCAUGUUUGCCUGUUCUGAAAACAGGCUUUGGUUGCGAGGUAUGCUUUGUUAUGUCUGUCAAAGUGUUGUUCUUAGAUGAGGUAGUGCAGACAACACACAAAUCAUACAAAGUAUAUAAUCAGUACUUAAUUAGAUCUUGAUGUGAAAAAGCACAAAGAUUUGAAAGUAUGAAAAUUUGAAUAUUGUAUUUUUCUAACUCUAACCAAAGCCUGUUGACAGCCGAAACAGCUCUAUUAACAAUGCUUAUAUUUCAGUUUCAGCAGUGAAUCUUCCACAUGGCAUCUCUGUAUAACUUUGUGGUAACAAUCGGGCAAUAACUGAGAGCUCUUAGUAAUUGCUUUAGUAGAUGUCUUUUUGAAACGGCUAUCAAAAAGUGCUCUACCAAAAUUGUCAAAAGUUAACUGUCAAAUCCUCAAUGCCCAAAUGAAACCACAAACUACUGAUAAAUCACAAUUCUAUGACAUCCUAUGUUCCUGGCAUGCAAAAUACAUGUUCAGAUUCUGAUCCGCAGAAAUUAAGACCAAAUGAAAUUUAAUAUCUUUUCAUUGGUGUUGGAUUGUAUUUGAAAUCUUGAGAAACUCAAGCGUGUAGGUAUAUGGCAUCAAUUGCUCCACAAUAGGGUGGAAUGGUUGCCAUGGUUUCCAUGAUUAUCUGUAGAUUUCUGCAAAUCUCCAUGGUGCCCUCUCUAAAUGAGGUAGUGAUCUGUCAUGUCUUGAAUAUGUCAUCAUGUUUUGUGAUAUUAUCAGCAAUAGAGCAGAUUUAUCAAAGUUUUGUCAGAAACUGUGCAGUUAAUGGCAUACACUGGUGAAGUGUUUCUUAAGAAUACAUAAUCAAUCAAGUUAAGAAUGUGUGCAAUAUUUUGAUAAACCAUACAGUGUACUGUCAAAAAAUGGAAGUAGAAAAUGUAAACAUUUCACACAUUUCUUCUAAAGAUACAAUUUCAUACUGGAUACGAACCAGUAUAAAAAAUUAAACUAGUCUCUUGAAGGUUUAUACCCAAAGAUUGCUGACAUGAAUUGCAAGUAAUUUUUUAAAAUUUUGAACCUCAUACAAUGUAUUGUUAUAUUAUAGGGUAAUGAUGGGAAAAGGAUAGCAUACAGGGCUUCUUUCAACAAAAGUUACUUUCCAUGUUAUAAAAAAUCUAUCAGCUUUCUGAGGGUAAAAUAGGCAAUGUUUUUAGGGAAAUGUAUAUGUAGUGUCAGUUUGAGAGCAUUUCCUGUGGGCCUGCAUCAGCCUCAAAUGGUCAAUACCCAGGUACCAUCUAACCAUACUCAUCAGUGAAGUUCACUACUCCCGGACAGUCUAUGAAUCAGUUUCAAAAGUUCACUGGCCAGGAGGGCUUGUUAACAAAAACUGUUGUAAGCCCUCAUCAUAUGUUACUAGCCCAGCUUAAUGGAGGCUGCCGUUUGCAAUAUCUAUUAGAAUAGUCUUGUUGGGUUUCUUCAUGAAAUGUUAAGAUACAAAAGGUUGUGUACCUUUUUAACAUUCUAAAGGGACAUUGAUGCAUGGCCUUCACAUAGGAUUCUCCAAAUUAGAAAUGAGUUUAACUCAAAGCACAUAUCCCUACCCAACAGUAGGGGAGGGUGGUCCUUGUAGUCACGGGACACUAAAAUUUAUGUCAAUUAGUACAUCUGCCUUAUCCUGCUCACAUAAUCCGAGAAGCCAUGUGCGAGGAGGUGUUUUUUCAUUUUUUUUUCUGUGACGUUUUAAUUACUAUUUAUCCAUCCAUAUCACUCUGCCAUGUUUGUGGGGUGACUAAACCUUGUUGGUGCUUUUCUUUUGCCCUUAGCACCACUGGAUGUAUUGCAAUUCUCUUAUCCCAGAAGAGUGAUCUCCCCUUACACACGUCUUGUUUGAAUCAGAUUUAUGAAAGUUGAAAUAUUGUUCUGAAUUGAUACUAAAAAAAUGCAAGUGUGUGUUCUGCAUUGGGAAUUCUUUUCUUGGCUAACAAUUUUAUUAUUUGCAAAGUAUUUUGACAAGGUAAAAGACGAGGUCAUUUGGUGAAUCAUUCAUGGUGACUGUAAAGGGAGCUUCCACUUACUUCUUUCAUUCACUGGCAACCUCUCAAGGGAUUCCUCAGUUAUAGUCUGAAGGCAGAGGCUAGCUGACAGCAACUGCUUGGAAGGUUUUCAUUGUUCGUAUUGUGAUAAAUUUGGGGAUAGUUUGUUUUACUUGUCCUUUUUUCUCUUCUUGUAUAAAUACAAAAAUGAGAAAAUACCCUUCAAAAGUUUGGCAAAUGAAUGAAGGAUUCUUAUAUCUAAAAUAAAAACACUAAAAAAUCUCAUUUAUCAUGAAACUUCUAAUCAAAAUCAACAAUCUCAGUUUGAAAAUAGCAGGUCUCUUUACUGAAAUAUUACAAGUGAAAAACAAAUUGCCAUAUGUUAUUCUUUAAUGUAUCUUUUCAAGAAAGCACCUUGCUAUACUUUUCCCACUCAUUUCUACAACUUUGCAUAAAGAUGUAUCUGAUACUUUAGUAACUGUGCUGACAGAACCCCAACCCAUUAUCCACUUCCCAAACCGAGGAGGGUGUUUUCUCUAAGAUUGCUCCUUCACACAGCAUCGCAUCUUUUCCCCCGAAAGUUGCCCAAGGUAGCAACUCUAAAAAGUAGCCUUUCUAAUUAAUUGGUCCUGAUUACAAUUAUUAUUGGUGGUUUUAAUUAUGGCAGUCUUCUAUUGCUACUUGUAUCGAAGCUUUGUUAAAAAAUAAAGUUGGAAAAUGUA